UUACGUCCGUUCGGCUUUGUUCCGGCUUUAUUCCGGCACAUUCUCUAUCAUCAACGACAUGGCCCAUUCCGAAGAAGACGCUCAAGAUGAAGGCGUUAGACCCACAAAGCGACGAGCUACCCAGGCGUGCCAAGAAUGUCGUAGACGCAAAGUCAAAUGCGAUAAUGAUGCUACGGGUGGUGCCUGCUCCAAUUGCUUGAAUAUGAAGAUAGAGUGCAAGCAAACGAUGCAGAAGCAGGUGUGUGAUGAGCUUGUGCUAUAUUAUAUCUUCUUGAACCUUUAUGCUCAGAAACGCGGUCCCAAAGUAGGGUGGGUGUAAAGUUAGGCAUUAAUGAAAUAUAGCUCAUCUUCCGUAGAUCCAGGAG